UUGAUUUCUAAGGGCUGUAGGUUCCAUGGGGGAAAGAAUUUUCUUCUUUCUUCCCUUCUCUUUCCCCCAUGUUUCUGGAAACCUCUAUGCAUCUCUCUCUUCCGUGUUCGAUAAAUCGAGAAAAACGAACGACGACUUCGCUGUUUGACGGCGAGUCACGAUCAUUGGCUGCCAUCAUCACCAUCCCCACCUCGCCUCGAGUCCAAAGACUCCACCUUUGUUGGAAAAUGCAAAGUCGAAGUCUCGGACCGGGAACUUCGACGGUUACAGUGAAAAUUGGACUAGUUUCUCGUCAUUCAAGGCAUAUAUUCGAAGAAGGAAGUUUUCUUGUUUUUCCGGCGAGAUUCCAGCCAUUUUUCAACCUCCAACUCGGGUAUGUAAAAAGUAAAAAAAGAUAUAUGGAUAUCUCACCCCUAUUUUAUUUGUAGGUUGAAGACGAAUAGGUGGGUUGUUUUUUACUUAUUUGGAGCAAGAGCCAAUACUUUCAAAUGAUGGCUUUUGGACUUAUUCGAGAAGGAUGAAUCAAAUUCACUUGCCCAAAACCAAAUUCCAAUCUGUGGCUUUUAAGUGAGUUAGUGCAAAGGACAAUUGAUAUAGAAAAGGAAGGAUGAAAAGAAUUAAAGAAAGAUGGACAAGAUGAUUACAUGAGGCGGUGGAGAUAUCUUAGGAAAGAAUCUCAAAUUGAUUGGAACUCCUAUUUUUUAGCAAAAUUGGACUGGAGGCAAAGAUAUUAAAGGAAGAUACGAGCAGUAGAGAGGGACUCGGACUUCUUCUUCUGGCGUGGAACAAGGCAUCGGCAGAGUAGCAGUAAUUUGGUUUCUUUUAUUCAGUUUUAUUUUAUGCAUAUUUUUUAGGGAGCUUUAAUGAAAAGGGAUUGAAUUAACUUUUAAUUAAUGAAAAACCACCCUAAACUAUUAUUUAAUGAAAAUGGCUUAAAUUUUAAUCAUAAGGACACAAAACUUUUAUCUUAGGCCCUACAAAACUAAAACACACGGGCUCACCAAAAAGCCCAAACCGCAUAACAAUUAAUAUUCCAAAAUUACCCCUAACGGAGCCUAACCCAGGCCCGUUAACUAAAGUUACUGAAAUUCAUCAUCCCUCCCAACGCCAUUAAUGUUCACCAAACCCUUACACCGUACUAAAAAAACGAAACCUCCAUUGCUGCAAACGUCAAGUUCUCAAAGCGUUUUCAAGUUCGAUUCAAGUUUUCAAGCAAUAAUCUACACAUCAAAUCCGGAAUUUCUCAACCCACAAACUACAUUUGAGGACGAAAAACUGAAAACAUUCGAUCUGUACGUUUGCAGAGUCGAAAUCGGACAAACACAGUUCACAGUUCUGAUUUGCAUCCAGACGAAAACACACAAAAAAUUUGCGAAAUAAAAGCAACAGAGAAGAAACAGAGAUGGACGGAACAAAGAAACUAAGAAUAAAGACUUUCGCUGUAAAGAGUCCACGUAAGAUAGAGAAUAUAAGACCAGCAACUUCUUAUGUUCAAUAUAGAUGCAACGUUUUCGGGUUUGCAAAUGCAAUGCAAUUGUACAGACCAAUGCUUCAACAACGCCAAGAUGUCAUCAAUCAUUUGGCCGAGACACCAUUUUGGAGUCUAAUCAAGUUCUACAUAGAUGAUGAAAUUGUUGCAACGGACAGAAAAAAGAAGUCUGAUAUGGAUCUGAUCAAGAUCAUACAAUGCUAUGACUCCAAGCAACAACGGUUCAAAUUCGGAGAUCAUGAGCCAAAAGCAAUAACAAGUGAAGACGUCGUUCAAAUAUUUGGAUUGAACAACCAAGGGGUUGAACUACCAAACACAGACAAAUCCACAAAGAACAUGAAGGACAGCUUUGUCAAAACAUACUUUGCAAAGCAAAAAAUAGUGAAAAAAAAGGACAUUGUUGAAGCAUACCAAAAAUCAGUCCAAGACAAAACUCCUGAAGGGGCAAAAGCUACUGCUUCAAUUAUAUGUGUGCAUCUGCUACAAUCACUGUUAUUUGCAACAUCUGGAACUUACAUAGCGUGGAGCUUCAUAACAAUUUGUGGAGCUUUGGACCAAAUCAGCAAAUACAACUGGGCAAAAGGAGUGAGGGACUACUUGUUCAAGAGGAUUAACAAAUCAAAGAAAAAAAGGAAAAAUGGAGAAGAAUCAGCAAUAACAAGCGGAUGCACUACCCUUAUUUUGUAUUGGAUUUGUCUUCACACCAAUCUGGUGGAGACAAUAAGUGGGCUAGAAAACAUGAUUCCUGUCAUUGGAAGAUGGGACAUAACGAAAAUCCACAAAGCAAUCAGAGACAUUCGAGUUGAAGAAAUUGAGAUUGGUGGAGGUAUUCCUUGUUCUGAAGAACCAAUAAGGGAGCAUUCCAACAUCAAUCAAGAAGAAUGUAAUGCCAUUCCUUAUCCUCAACAAAAUAAUGAGUCUUCCAAGAAAAAGGAAAAGAAGACACCGGGAAGGAAAAGGAAGAGAACUGAAGUUGGAGCUGAAGAAGAUCAAAGCAUCACCAUCAAUGAAGCUCAGUUACAGUUUGAUCAACUGUACCAAGAAGAAUUCAUGAAAUUUGAUGCAAGUUAUCAAAAGGACUUCUUCGGGAUUGAUAAUACAUUAGGUGUGGAAGAUUUUGAAAAGUUUAAAAGAUGUGCGAGCAUGGAUCAAAAGAGGUAUCUAGUCCUCAGUCACAUGAUGAUAUAUGCACUCGACAACCUACACACAAAUUCAAUUGUAAUGAAUGAAACAACUGGAGCCCUUAACAGAAACAUUGAAAAGCUUCUGCAAGAACGACUUGAGGACAAGCAGAAGAUUAGUUUAAUGAACACAGAAAUGAUACAGUUGCAAUUAAAUAACACAGCAGCUUCUAUGAAAGUAAAUAAAUUUCUGGAUGAAAUUGGAAGUUUGAAGAAGAAGCUACUGGAAAAUCAAGGUGAGGAUCCAGAUAAUGAUGAUCAAGUUGAAGAGCAUACACAUGAUAAGGAUACUGCUACUGAGGAUCCAGUUCAAGAGAAUGCAACUGAAAAUGAUGUGGCUAUGGAGGAUCCAAAACAAAGGCAUGCAAUUGAUCAUGGUCCAGAUGAAAAUGAGGAGGAUCAAGCUGAGGAGGAUCAAGAUCAUGAAGGAAAAGACGCUGCCACUGAAAAAGCAACCUCUGGAGAUCAACCAGGUGUUCAAAUGCAGACUCCAACUAUCAAGGAUGCUGAAAAGCAAGAAAAAAAAGAGACUGCCAAAAAGAAGACGAGAACACUGGUAAAAAAUAUUCGAAUGAGGGAUGAUCGUAAACCAAAUGUCUAUCCACAUUAUGAUUAUAUCCCCAUCCAGAAAAAACAAAAGAAGGCAAAAUACAUAUAUGCUGUGAGUGACAGUGAAAGCCCUUCAAUUUUGCCGUCAGAAAGCCAACCAUUGGAUCUAAUAAUUGAGAAAGGAAAGGAGGAGCCCAAGGUUGAAUCACCCUUGAAUCCAAUUGCUAAAGAAAUAGCAAACAAACCUGCAAAGAAGGAUGCAAAGAAACCUGUAAAGCGAAAGCUUGACAAACGGUAUCAUCUACCUGCAUCAACAAGGGCGUACAAGUUACUUGCAGAUGAGACAAAAGAAAAAUUCAAGGAAUAUUACAGACAAGAGAAAAAUCCAAGGCAAGGGUCCAUUGUGAAUGACCUUGUUGUCCUAAAAUCAGAUCUGACAUCAUUGUUUGUGGAUGGAGCAAUCGAUGCCAACAUAAUUGAUGCUUCGUUCUACACAAUGGCAGAAAACGAAUAA